AUGGCUCAUAAUAAUUUAAGAAACUUUAUAGAGAAUAUUAAUAUUAGAUUUGAUAAUCAAGAAGAAGAAAUAGAUAUUGAAAGAAUUAAAUUUGCAUUAAAACAUCGACCAGUACCACCAAUUUCAGAAUAUCAAUUUAAUGAAAUUACAGAAGAAAUUACAAUUAAUGAAAAGAAUAAAACUAGAAUAGGUGAUUGUACAAUUUGUUUAUGUGAAUUCCCAAUCGAUACAGAAGCAUUAAAAUUACCAUGUAAACAUUAUUUUCAUCAUGAAUGUUUAGAUUCCUGGUUAAAAACUUCUGCUGCUUGUCCAAACUGUCGUUAUCCAUUACCGACAAUUGAUGCUGAAUAUGAAUCAAUGGUUAGAAUAGUUAGAGAUUAUGAAUUAAAAAAUGGUUCAACUAAUAGUUCGACAACCACCAAUAAUAACGAUGACGAUAAUGAUAAUGAUAGAAGAUAUUACUCAAAUAAUUCAAUGUACUCUUAA